AUGGCGGCUAAGAAUGCAGAAGCGAUCAUCGAGGGCGAGAAGAACACAAGGCAAUACGAGGAGAAAGCGGACCUCGAGAGCGUCAAGCCAGUCGCAGGCGAUAAUGCCGACUACACAGGCAGCGUAGCGAAAACGGAUCCAAAAGAGAUUGCGCUUGUGAGGAAGAUUGACUGGAGACUCAUGAACUACGUAGAUCGCAAUGCCAUCGCACAAGCCCGCCUCAACAACCUCGAGGACGACCUGGGCAUGUCGGGCGUUCAGUUCAACACUACAGUCUCGAUCUUGUUCGUCGGUUACGUCCUGAUGCAGGUGCCAAGCAAUAUGUUGAUAACACGGAUCAAGCCAGGCAUCUACAUGAGCGCGUGGAUGCUCGUGUGGGCCGUUGUAUCUGGAUGUACGGCGCUGGUGCAGAAUUUUGGCGGGCUGGUGGCGUGUAGAUUCUUCCUGGGGAUUACGGAGGCGCCGUUCUAUCCAGGUGCAACGUACAUGCUAAGUAUCUUCUAUACACGGAAAGAGGUUGCCACCAGAAUUGCACUGCUGUACUGUGCCCAGAUUCUGGCGACUGGCUUCUCGGGGCUGAUUGCGGCCGGUGUGUUUGCUGGUAUGGAUGGUCUGAGAGGAAUUGCCGGCUGGCGAUGGCUUUUCAUUGUGGAGGGUGCAGUAACAGCUUUCGUGGCAAUCUUCGGCUUCUUCUUGCUCCCCAACACUCCUCUGACGACCUCCUGGCUUACUCUCGAAGAGCGGCAGAUGGCCCACGACCGCAUGGAGCGCGACCGUGUCGGCGACUCGGGAGAAAAAGUCAGCAUGAUGGAAGGCCUCAAGCAGGCGUGCAAGGACAAGCGAACUUGGCUCUUCUGCUUGAUGCAAAACUUCCACUUGAGCGCUUGUUCGUUCAACUCAUUCUUUCCCACCGUCGUUAAAACCCUUGGCUUCAACAGGACCGUCACACUCGUUCUCACAUGCCCACCGUUCCUCUUCGCUGGUGCUGCGGGCAUUUGGACUGGAUGGAGCUCCGGACGCCUGCACGAGCGCACCUGGCACAUCACAGCCGGUCUCUUCGUUGCCAUUGUAGGAUUUGUAAUCGCAGCCAGCACUAUGAACACGGCUGGUCGCUAUAUCGCGUGCUUCAUCUUCCCUGUGGGCGCCUACUCAGUCAAUUCGGUCAUCAUCGGCUGGGCAUCGUCCACACUGAGCCAGACGAAAGAAAAGAAGGCUGUUGUCCUGGCUAUGACCAAUGUGGGAGGCCAGAUUGGAUACAUCUACGGCGCGUACCUGUGGCCGGAUUCUGAUUCGCCCCGGUACGGUAUUGGGUUUGGUGCGAGUGCUGGGUUCGCGCUGCUGAGCAUCGCGUGUGCAUGGGCGAUUCGGGCGAUGCUAAUCAAGGAGAACAAGAAGUUGAAAGAGUCGACGGAUGAGCACAUCAAUCUAUACGGGUACUAG